AAAAUUUGUUGUACUCAAUUGACAGAAUUCACAACAAAAUCGUGAUACGGCAUUCCAAUUAUAAAUCCAUUUAUUUUAAGUUGUUUUAAAAUUGUACAAGAAUGGGGAUGAACACAACUUUAUUCUUUCUUAUAUGUGGAAUAGUUUGUUCCUCUGCGAAUAUUGAAGAACGAGUUUUCGAUUUAGAGAAUGUGGUACAAGAUCAACUUGCAAAAAAUGAGAUAAUGAAAGAUCGCCUGAAAGCUCUCGAGCUUGAGGUGGUUGAGCUCGUUGCCAAAGAAAAGGAAGAAAGUCCGAUUGAGGAGAAGGACGUUUCUAGUUCUAUUGUAGGAGUAGGACAGGCGCAUCAUUUGCUUAAACGUGCUGCAGGUUCCGAUAGAGCUUUCCAUGCCUAUCGAAGCAUUACAAAUUGUUACGACGACCAUGAGAAAAUCGUGUUUGAUAUAGAGAGGCAAGAUGAUUACAACGUGUAUGACGUCAGAGACGGCAUCUUUGAACCGAUGGCAUCCGGUGUAUAUGUUCUCACGUGGACUGUGGUCGCGCCUUUGCACACAAAGUUUAUAACAGAGCUUAUCAUUGGUGGAAGAAUGGCCGGCGUGAUAACGACAGAUUCUGACACGACAAGUGGUGUACACAAUGCAGGUACUGGAUUGCAUCCAGCGACUGCAGUUGUGGUUGUACAAAUUAACCCGGGAGACCAUUGCUACAUCCGAGUUCGACACUCUUCUAAUACCUGCGUCAAUGUCUACAGUGAUUCCAACUCAGUCAGGUCAACUUUUUCGGGCUGGCAACUGUAUUGAGCGUCGUGAUUUCCAAUGUAACAUUUGUGUAACUAUAUUGAAUAAAGCAAUAAAUACAUUCUAAA